AACGAAAAUCAACCUUCUUCCCACUGAGUAACAACUCAUGCUUAAACGCAUUUAUGAAGAAAGUCGAUCAUGAUGUCAACUUGAUUCUACAAAAUAACACAGCAACUACGUCAAAUUUGUGCUCAGGUGAAAGACGAGCUAUGGUGUGGCUUAAAAAAGAAGAAGACAUCGUGGUGAGAAGAGCGGAUAAAGGGGGAGCUACAGUAAUAUGGGGAUCGUCUCUACCAACAAACCAAGGGGACUGCCAUGGGGGCUUCAUACGCCCCCAACUAUGCGGGAUUAUUUUUGGGGCUAUGGGAAGAGAGGUAUGUGCACAGCACUGAAAACCCCUUCAAACAGCUCAUCAAAUACUAUGGUCGUUACAUUGAUGACCUUUUCUUCAUUUUUACUGGUACAACAGAACAACUUCAAGAAUUUCAUCAAUAUUUAAACAGCACUAAUCCUAACAUCAAACUCAGUUUGGAAUUCAGCAACAAAGAAAUAAACUUCUUGGACCUUCUAAUAUCACUGGAUGAACAAGGCUCAAUACACACAUCUCUGUUCAGAAAAAGUACAGAUCGAAAUACUGUUUUACAUGCUGAAUCCUUCCAUCCUAAGAGUCUCAUUGAAAAUAUUCCAUUUGGGCAAUUUCAACGUCUCAAGCGCAUCUGCAACUCUCAAACGGACUUCAAUACCCAAGCUACGGAAAUGCAACAGCGGUUCGUUCAAAGGGGCUACAAAGCAAAGACACUGAGUGGGGCUCUAACACGAGCAAAAACUUUGGACAGAAGAAAUCUUCUCAUAAGGAGACAGCGAGCUCCAUCACAAACAAAAAACAGAAUUUUCUGUACUUUACAGUACAGCAACAUGGCAUACAAAAUCAAAAACGCCAUUAUAAAAAACUGGUCCAUACUGGCUUGUGACCCUUCACUGGGCCCCUUGUUCUCUGAGCCCCCCAGGUUUGCCUUUAAAAAAGCCCCCACCCUCAAGGACAAAAUCGUCAAAAACUAUUUGCCAGCAUCAAAACUUGAGACUUUUUUCAAAAAACCCAUUGGCACCUUCAGAUGUGGGGCAUGUGUCCAUUGCACACAGAUCAAUCGUUCUACACAUUUUAUGGACUCUACAUGCACCUACACUUUUAAAUGUCGUUCUUUUGCAAACUGUAAUACAACACAUGUGGUAUACCGACUGGACUGUGUUUGUGGGUGUUUUUACAUUGGUCGCACAAAAAGAAAACUGAAAGAGCGUUUUGCAGAACACAAAUAUGCUAUCCGUAAAGGAAACAUGGAAUAUCCGAUUGCAAAACAUUUCAAGAACAUGACCCACACAAACAUUAAUGAACUCACAAUCAUGGCAAUUGAAGUUAUUGAGAACACUCCCCGAGGGGGUGACAGGUUGAAAAGAUUAUUGCAGAGGGAAACCUUCUGGAUCCACUCUUUGAAAGCAACUGUGUUCCCUGGACUAAAUGAAGAAAUAGACUUUUCUCCGUUUCUGUAAAUAUAUUAAUGUGUUCUGAAUGAUUGUCUUUGAUGAUGAGGGUUUACUCACUGUUUCAUGCCACUGUUUCCUAUUCUACACACAGUGCCUUGCAGUCAGUAAUUUUUUCAUUAUUUAUUUUCUUCUAUAUGUUAACAUGAUGCAUCAUGGUUUAUUAUUGAAAUAUAGUGUUACAUAAUGAGCUUUAUUUAUGCAUUAUGGAUGAUAUGCUUGCCUAUUGCUCUGUGAAAAUAUUCCAAAGUGUAUAUAUUUUAUUUGUCUUUUAUGAAUGAAUACUUGGGUGGAGUCACAUGACCACACACGAUCAUGUGACUUCCUGUUAAGUGUUUUUUAAAAGUAGACUUCCUGCUGUUCAGUUCAUUUACAAAUGUUGCCCUGACGAAGACUUGGUGUCGAAACAUGUUGGUGGUGUCCAUGUAGCUAAUAAAGGACUUUUAAUUGAGUAA